ACUUGCAACACAUUCACUGAGCAAAGUUCUGCUGUGCAUGUUUUGGGGAAUCUGCUGCUGGAAGAUGCAAAACAAAAAACAAAGUUGAACGUGCACAAGGGCAUAUUGUCAUGCGUGUCCUCCUUUACCUUGUGUGAGGUCUAUAUUUAGCCAGUUUAACUCAGGCAGGAAAACUAAGUUCGGAAAGAAUUGGAGGAAGUCUAGUGGUCCCUUAGACAAACAAAGCUUACACAUACCGUAGGGCUCUGCACUGGCUGAACACACAAUCCCAGUGUGAGCUGAACAAGACAAAGGACUUCAGAUAAGAGAAUCUGAGAGAAGAGUUUGGAGAGGAGUUUUUCUGGCUCUACCAGACUUCUGGAUCCAUCCGAUUCUUGGGUUUUACAUCUAAAAUUUGAGGAGAUUAUAAAACUGAUCCAAGGACGUCUGGAUUUACGGCUUAUGUGGAUAGUUUCUUGUAUUUAUUAAGGUUUGGGAUCUACUGUCCAUGUGCUGUUUGCUGUCACCACAGUCCUGAAAGCCAGAGAGAACUGACCUCUGCGUUGCCACCGUUGUGGAAGUAUGGGAUCAUCCACUCUGGGCAAGGCAGCUUCACUUGAUGCACUGCUAAUUGAAUGCAUUCAUACAUUUGAUGAUGAUGGUCAGCUCCAUGGUAACCUGCUUCCACGUACACUGCUCCUAAUGCAUCGCUGGUAUGUUACAUCGGCUGAGCUUGCAGGAAAACUACUGAUGAUGUACCGUGACUGUACAGAUGACGACUGCAAGACGACCAGGCUAAAGAUUUGCUAUUUGAUGAGGUACUGGAUUGUGACCUUCCCUGCAGAAUUCAACCUGGAUUUGGGACUGAUCCAGAUAAUGGAGGAGUUCAGGGAGGCUGCCACUCAACUUGGUUGUGAGGCGCAUUUUAAACUCAUCGACAUUUCAGCCAUUCCAUCCUAUGAUUGGAUGAGGAAGCUGACCCAAAGGAAGAAGCAAGCUAAGAAAGGGAAAGCCUCGCUGCUGUUUGACCAUCUGGAGCCUGUGGAGCUGGCAGAACACCUCACAUUCCUGGAGUUCAAGUUUAUCCGGAGGAUAUCAUUCACUGACUAUCGGAGUUAUGUGAUUCAUGGCUGUCUGAUGGAAAAUCCAGCUCUAGAGCGCUCCAUCGCCCUCUUCAACAGCAUCUCGCAGUGGGUCCAGUUGAUGGUGCUUAGCAAACUCACACCUCAGACUAGAGCAGAGGUCAUCACCAAAUACAUCCAUGUUGCUCAUAAACUCUUACACCUGCAGAAUUUCAACACUCUGAUGGCGGUGGUGGGAGGUCUGAGCCACAGCUCCAUUUCUCGUCUAAAGGAAACCCAUGCAUACCUGGCUCCAGAAGUUCUGAAGAUGUGGAACGAGAUGACGGAGCUGGUGUCUUCCAAUAACAACUACUCCAACUACAGAAAGGCCUUCAGUGAAUGCAGAGGUUUUAAAAUCCCCAUACUGGGCGUACACCUGAAGGAUCUGAUCGCAGUGCAUGUCGUCUUUCCUGACUGGGUCGGUGACGGCAGUCUGGUGAACGUGGUGAAGAUGCAUCAGCUUUACAUGACAUUGAAUGAGCUGGUGUCACUGCAGGGUCUGGUAUCCCAUGUGGAGCCCAACAUGGACCUCAUAUAUUUGCUGACACUUUCUCUUGACCUUUAUUACACAGAAGAUGAGAUUUAUGAACUAUCCUUGUUGAGAGAACCACGCAGCCUCAAAUCUCAGCCCACAUCUCCAACUACACCCAACAAGCCUUUGGCUCCACUAGACUGGGCCUCGGGGGUCACCACCAAACCGGAUCCCUCUGUUGUCAAUAAACACAUUCGCAAAUUGGUGGAAUCUGUCUUCAGGAAUUAUGACCAUGACCAUGAUGGGUAUAUUUCACAAGAAGACUUUGAGAGCAUCGCAGCUAACUUUCCAUUCCUGGAGUCUUUCUGCGUUUUGGAUAAGGAUCAGGAUGGGUUAAUCAGCAAGGAUGAGAUGAUAGCUUAUUUCCUUCGGGCCAACCCACUGCUUCAGUGUAAGAUGGGACCAGGAUUUAUCCACAACUUCCAAGAGAUGACCUAUCUCAAACCGACCUUCUGUGAACACUGUGCUGGCUUUCUAUGGGGAAUCAUCAAACAAGGCUACAAGUGCAAAGACUGCGGCGUUAACUGUCAUAAGCAAUGUCGGGAACUGUUGGUUCUGGCCUGCAGGAAGCAGACCCGCACGUGCUCACUAAGCAGUGAUGCUCCAGCCAGGCUGACCCACAGCUCUUUGCCCAACAGCCCAACACUGCCCACAUGUAAAGGUGAGGACGAUGUGUUUGAGUUCCCCGCUGUCCCCUUUGCAGGUCAGCCUGCCGAGCCUCAGUCCAUCACCCUAAUGACAGGCUCAGCACAAAGAAUAUCUGUGUGCCUGCAGAGGGCCACCACCAACCAAGCCACACAGACUGAGCCGCUAUGGCCUGAGCUUAGCUGGGGGUGUGCAGACAGUGGCUCACACACCUUCCCUAAGAUGAAAUACAGAACUCAUAGAAAAGCAUCUAAAAAUGUAGGAUUUGCCAGCUGGGAAAACCACAAUGACAGACAGCAGCCUGGAGCUUCCCCACAGAGCAAUGGAGACUAUCAUCAGAGGCCAGACAUCUGUGGAAGACGGAACGGAGAAACCAAUACUGUGAAGGACAGCUGACUUGGCCACAGAGGUAAAGGUCAGAACCAGAGGAACACAGGGACCAGGCGGCUCGUCUCACUGGGAAGAACUUUAGGCUGCUUCAAAUCCCCAUUCAGUGACUGGAAGUUUUCUCACCUUUUCUAAAACCACCACAGGCAGACAGCUGCUUUCAGGGACAAGCUUGGUGCGAAUCGUUUGACUUCAUGACACUGAGAAAUCAUUAGACUGAGGAUGGCUCCUGAAAAGACACUGAGUGAUGAAUCACAAAUGAAACAAGUGCUAAAAAUGGAAAGUACACAAUACGCUUUGGGCACAGUAGAUUGGUCCUUUGGCCAGAAACCCCCUGAAAAGGAUUUUUUUUUUUGCUGAAGGAAUAGAAAAGAAGCAAGAUGAAUCUGAGCAAAUGUAUUUAAUGUGUUUAUGUGGAGCUGCAAAUAAAGGGAAAAUAUUCUUGUUGUUAUAA